CCAAAACGCGGUGAAACUCACAGAUGUUAACUCAGUAACUCUUGCGCAUCGGCCAAGCGCGCACGUGCACCACAGACAAUUUAUUUUAUGUGAAAACUAUUUGGACUUUAAACCUAUUUACACCGGUUUUAAACCAGAAAUAACGGAGCAAGUUGCAGAAAAUUCGUGAAAAUGGCGGACGAGUCGCAAGUUCGUGCUUUUUACGCGGGAAAGAACUUUUUCAUUACCGGUGGCACUGGAUUUGUUGGUUUGUGUCUUAUUGAAAAGAUUUUGCGAUGUAUGCCUGAUGUUGGGAAGAUUUACCUGCUCAUGAGGCCUAAGAAAGGCAAGGAGAUCUCUGAAAGACUGGAAGAAUUCCCUAAAAACCCGGUCUUCGAAAAACUCCUAGAAAGCCACUCAACAGACAUCUUCAAGAAACUAAUCCCCGUCUCCGGAGAUGUCGGUGAAGCUAACCUUGGUCUCAGCCCGGCAGACAGACAGAUGUUGAUCGACAAUAUCAACGUGGUCAUCCAUUCCGCAGCUACGCUAGACUUCCAAGAGAGUUUGAGGCCGACUGUUAAUAUUAAUUUACUUGGUACGAGAAGGAUUAUGGAGCUGUGUAAAGAUGCUAAGGAUUUGAAGGUUAUGAUCCACGUAUCAUCAGCCUACGUGAACUCGUUCUUAACUGAAGCUCAUGAGAAGGUGUACGAGGCACCGGAAGACGCACAGAAAGUGAUAUCUUUGGUGGAAACCCUGAAUGAUGAGUCUUUACUGCAGAUUGAGCAUAAAUUACUGAAAAGUCAUCCCAACACUUACACAUUCACAAAACACUUGGCUGAGCAUGAGGUCAUCAAAUGUAUUGAUAUGUUCCCCUGCACUAUUGUCAGACCUACUAUGAUUGUGGCGUCUUGGAAGGAGCCAAUUCCUGGUUGGACUUGCUCUAAAGUUGGACCUCAAGGCUUCCUCAUGGGGGCAGCUAAAGGAGUAGUCCGUCGCCUCCCCCUGGCUAAAGAGAAGGUAGCGGAUUACAUACCCGUGGAUGUCGUCAUCAACCAGUUGUUAGUUGCCGGAUGGGAGGCUGCCAAGAGCAAAUCGGGUCUAACAGUGUACCACUGUUCUUCAUCAACGUGCAACCCGUUCACCUGGACCAUGUUAGACAACACAGUUAACAAUAUGCUGCACAAAUAUCCACUGAAAAGUGCUGUUUGGUACCCUCAUCUGAAAUUCGUGCCGACCCUCCUAAUGUUCCGUAUAUCUGCGAUAUUCGUACAUUUCUUCCCGGCCUUCUUAUUGGACUUGAUGCUAAGAGUUACGGGAGGACGACCUAUUCUCAUCCGGCUGCACAAAAACGUAUGGAAUUCACUGAACCGGCUCGAGAGAUUCAUCUUCAGCGAAUGGAAAUUCUACAAUCCUAACACGUUAGAAUUGGCGACGAAGUUAAGCAAAAAGGAUAAAGAAUUAUUCUAUAUUGAUGUAACUUCUUUACAAUGGGUAGAGUACUUCAGUACGCUACAUUUGGGCGUCCGUCGCUACUUGAACAAGGAAAAGGAAUCUAGUUUGCCCGCCGCUCGCAAUAAGGACAUGGUCCUCCUAGUAUUCCACGUGAUUUGGCAACUCUUCAUCAUGGGACUGCUGUGGUAUAUCUUCGCUUGGCAGACAGGAUUAACUCUAGCUACUAGUGCUUGGAUCGCUCCCAUUAUCUAUGUAUUGUAUAAUUUACUUUAAAUGUAAGGAAAAACUACUUAAAAGAACGUAAAAGUUUUUGAAUUAUAGGCUUUUUGAUAUGAAUCUCCUUUGAAAACAGUGUUUUGGAUAGCACUUAUUAUUUAUGUAAGUACUCUAUAAUUUACUUUAAAUCUAUGGAAAAACGUACUUAAAAAAACUUUUUCAAGAAACCUUAAAAUAAAGUACUGAACAUUAUUUUUGUAAUAAUAUGAAUCUCCUUUGAAACUUAUGGUCUACUUUUUUGGUAGUUCAUAACAGCGUUUUCACACUAGCGUAUUUUCCGCUCGAUUCGGGCGGUGUAGCGCGUAUAGGCGCAAUACAAUUAUUUUUGUAAUAAUAUUAAUUUCCUUUGAAACUUAUGGUCUACUUUUUGGUAGUUCAUAACAGCGUUUUCACACUGGCGUAUUUUCCACUCGUUUCGGGCGGUAUCGUGCAUAUACGCGUCAUUAAACAAAAAGUUUUUGUCAAAAACUGUUGUUACGAAACAUGAAAUUAAUUCUAGCUGUCGGAUAAUCUGAUAACGCACAUGUCCUGCUAAAAAAGUAGUUAAGAAAAUCCUUGUCCUACAAAGAAUCGGCCCAUAAUAUCUGUCCUAAGUCUGACGUGACGGGUGCGGGUAGCCUAAAAACUAUUGGUGAGAAAGUUGACGUUUAAAACCAGACCAAUUUUUAAAGCACGAUAAAAAUCCGCUAGUGUGAAAGCGUGGUUAGAAAAUCUAAAUCUAAUUUCUAUAAAAACUGACUUAAAUUAUUUUUCUAUAUCUUUUAGAUUUUUUGAAUAUUUACUUCGAUUUUUGAUAUUUUUAUUGAAUCUCUUGUAUUAUGUAUUUUCGUCCAUUUUCUACUAAGAAAAACUUAUUAUUAAUGUUUAACUGAUAGAAAAGUAUGCAUAAAAUGCUGAUGUGUCUAUGGCCUAUGGGCUUGGUUAAAAAAGUUAAGCUAUACUUAGGUAAUCAUUGGAUGAAAAAAAAAUUAUGUUAUAUAAGUAUUGGGCCAAAAUUUAAUGUAAGAGGGCGAAAUGUCAGGGAAUGUUUGUAAUGUUGUAUUUGUAGUUUUAAUUAUUAUACUUCUAAGUAAUCAACGUUAAAUAAGUUAAUAAACUGUUAAAAGAUUUAAGAAGUUCAUCAUCAAAUGACCCCUCCCGCUGUGGGUUAGCAGCGGUGAGGGAGUGUCAGACUCUUACUGACUAAAAACCGUCGUGUUCCGUCGUAGGCCUUUUAUGUAACAGGGCCGCGGUAACUCUUUCGAACAACCCGCAGCCCCGGCAGGCAUUGUUGAAACAAGCUGUUUCAAACUAACAAAAUAAAGUAAAAACCAUUUCAAGAUUUACAUUC